UCUGUGCCUUUUCAGUCUGGUCUCCGCUUUGAAAUCCAAUUCGAAAAUGAAAUUCAAGUAUCAAAAGAAACACAAACCACUCAAAUCAAUUAAACACGCUCUUCGACACUUGGUACACGCUCUUGGCAAGGCAGUGCUGUAUUUGGGCACUCCUCCCCUGUGUCCGGUCCAUCAGAGUGGCGUUUUAACCCAACUCCAUUGCCAAUACCUGGGCUGCUGUCCGCUGUGCAAUCUGUGCGGAUUCUCAGGCCUCGCAGCGACAUGUUCGAGACAAUUUUGUUUGUUCUCCGGCGACUCUUCCAACACGUCCUACCCACGGAAAUGUUUUUCGACAUCGAUGAGCUGCGGCCCCAGCGCGAACACCCAUGGAACAUCUGGACCGAGAUAUAGUGGGAUGGCAUAGCUUGGCAACUAAAUAAAUUGAUUAAUGGUGGCCGCAAUAAAGAGA